GCCAUGUUCGAGGUUCCGCACAACCACCAUGGCAAAGACUUUAAGCGCUUCUUCUCGCCUGGGCGCAGCUCAAUGUCGGCCAUUGAGGAUAAGAGGGCCGACGAGUUCCGCAAGCACGUGUGGGCCGUCACCAUGAUUGACGAAGAUCCCUUGUCGGGUAAGAUGAAUCGACACUCGACUGACCUUGUUCGUCCUGGACCCAACAAACUUAGGUCCAAGAGAGCAUCUGCCUACGCUGGACCACCACCGGUAAAGCGAGGUAAUGACAGAAAGUCCAAGGAAAAGUCGAAAUCAGCAGAUCUCACCAUGCGAGAGCCUACGAUUGCAAUUCAGCCAAUGCACCCUCCAUCCUUCAAGUCACCGACGGACCUGUACCCGGUAAAGGAGAACACCAUGGACGAUUUCUUCGCCAAUGAGUCCAAGGACAACUUGCCUCGCACCUCAUACCCGAUACGUCCAACCUAUGCUGUCUUGGAGACACCAUUAGCCGACCCUACAAGGAGCAGUGAUGGUCUUCCUGGUGUCAAGCUCAACCGGCCUCGAAAGCUCAGCAACAACUCGAUGACCACCAUGUCUUCUCUUCAGAGCCGGGAAAGCAUGAGCACAAGACGGACUCCAUCCUGGGGAAGCAGGACCAGCGUUGACACUUCGGAUUCCAUGUCCCACUGGCGGCCUGAUUACAUGUAUCAACGACCCAUGCCCAUCAAGAAACAAGCACCCGUCCGAGACCCAUUCAAGCCGAACGAGCUCUUUUCGAUGAUGCCUGUCGAGGUGCUCUCUGUCAUUCUGGAGAAGCUGAGGGAACUUCAUGUCGGAUACAAGAGCGGGAGUUGUGCAACUUGUUGGAUGCGAGACGUUUGCAACAUGUGCGUCGUCUCUCGCAAGUGGUACGGUCCCGCCCAAGAAGCCCUGUACGAAGACAUUCAGCUGGUUGGCCCAGACUCGGCCGCCCACAAAAAGAAGUUUAAGCUGUCUCAGGGCGCCCGAGUCAUGAUGCUCCGGCGCCUGCUACGCGCCAAACCCCGGAUCGCCGCAAUCGUCCGCCGGCUCAAGGUUCCGGCCCCCGAGCCGCUUCCGGGCAAGGGGUCCACCGUUGCCGACUACGACAACCCCGUCGCCUCUCUUGUCAUGGCCUGUCCCAAUCUCGAGAGCCUCUCUGGUCUGUCGACCACCUACGAUCACUCGUUCAAGAAGAUCUUUCAUGCACUAUCGACGAGGUCAAACCUGAAGGAGAUGAACUGGUUGAUCCAACCAUCGCCGCUUCAGAAGCAGCAGAGGAUCCAGUCGAGCACGCAGCAGCUGGGUCUGGUUAUGCCCGGGGAGCUCAAGCCGUUCCAGGAGGCCGCCUUCUUGAGCCAUCAUGACAACUGGUCCCAGCUCGAGACCCUCACCAUCCAUUGUCUCCCUGGAGCGACUCUAACGCCUGAAAGCCUCCUCACAUCGACUCUCAGCUACCUCCCAAAACUCAAGCACCUCCACCUGUGCAACCUCCCUCCCAACAGUUUCAACGACGCUGCUCUCCUCGCCCUCCCGCCGCUAAAAUCCUUGACUCUCUCUCACAUUAGCGGCAUCUCCUCCAGCGGCCUCUCUGCCUUUGCAACUCACACCUCGAGUGCGCCCUUGCGCAAGUUGACCCUGCGCCAUACACCCCUCACCUCCCUGGCCGCUCUCGCACGAAUUCUCUCCAAUCUGAGGUCACUCAUCACCUUCUCCCUCGUCCAGGCCUUCCCGCCCGUCAUGCCUGAAGACGACACUUUUUCCCUAUGGAUGAUGCCUUACCUCGCAUCCAGCAGCGUCAAGAAGCUGCAUUGGGACAUCACAAGCCACGCCUCGUGCGUCAACGCCGCCGACGACAUCCUCGCACGGAGCAUCGCGGCUGGAGGCUUCCCCGCGUUGAGGGCCCUCCGCGUGCUCAACGACCCAGACGGCAUCUUCCAGGAGCUGUGCUACCCCGUUGAGAGGAUCGACCUCCAUACAGAUCGAUUCCGAACUACGGAGCAACCUAACGAUGUGGCCCCAAGCUCCAACACCAGCCCCAUGUCACCGACACGUCUCUUCAAGUCUUCCAGCAGCUCCUCCCUCCCUUCACCACGAACCCCAAUGUCCUUCUUUGGCGAUUUGCGCCACGCCCCCUACACCAGCCUCCACACGGCGCGCCUCGCCGCUCAGGCCCGUCUCGAGGCGGCCCGUUCCCGCCCCCGCUUCACCGUCAACGUGGUCGACGAGGACGGCACGACAACCGAGACAUUUGCCAUGGCCGGCUUCAUCGGCACUCCAGGCAGUGUCAUCCGCUAUUACCUCAUCUCGGAUCCGGGCACGACAGACGACAAGGGCGGUCUAGUCGAUGUGCGUGACCUGGACGGCGAUGGCGGUGAGAGUCUUGCUGGAGGUCGUGAAGGAUGUAUGGGGCGCUGGAAUAUGCGCGACGGUGUCGUAGCAGACAGAAAAGAGAAGGAGAGGUGGUGGCACACUGAGAGAGGCCGCUGGACAAAGGUAUCUCUAUCAUCAUGA